UAACCAAUUAUAUGCUUGCUUUUUGAUAGUCUAUCAUAAAAAAUGCAUAACUGACGGAUAUAUAAAGAGAAAGGCAGACCUGAUCGUCACAACGACAACAGCGUAGAAGUUACUGCAAAACAGAACUCUUCAAAGAAAAAAUGAAAGCAACAUUUGUGGUUAUACUUGCCGUAUUUUUGACGGCGUAUGCUUCAACAACUCCACCACCUGAAUGUCCCAGUGGACACGGGCAAAGCGCUGUCUUCUUACCGAAUCCAGACGACUGCACAACCUUUUAUCACUGCGAUAGAGAGGAACCGUUGUUGAUGCAAUGCAACGAAGGACUUGAAUUUAACCCGAAAUUGAAAGUAUGUGAUUGGCCUAAGGCAACUGCCACCUGCAAACGUCGCGCUACAACGACAGCAAAACCACCAAAUACUAGCACACCAGAACCAACUCCAACUGUUACUGCUUCCCCUGACGUGGCACCAGUGGAAGUAACAGUAUAGAUCCAGAGUGACACCAACCUGAAUAAUAUGCAAUCAUAAUUUGUUCGAACAGUAUAGCAUGUUGAAUAUGAAAAUAUUAACGCACAGUAAUGUAAACAAUAUAAUGUAGAUUGAUAAUGUGGCAAUUAUAGGCAAUAAAAAAGCAUACUAAUUAA